AUGCCCAUCACCGCAGACCAACCCCAGGAGCUGAAGCAGGAGCGCAAACCGCAGCCCGAGCAGCAUCAGCACCAGCAUCAACAUCGUGGCAUCCUCCCCAAGAAAUGCCUCUACUGCGAGCGCCGGUUCUCCAAGGCCGAGCACCUGAAGCGCCACCAGCGAUCUCAUACCGGCGAGAGGCCCUACAGGUGCUCGCGCUGCCAGAAGUGCUUUUCCCGAAGUGAUGUCCUAAUCCGACACCUAAAGAACCAUCCGCAGAUUGCGGGUGACGAGGUCGAGCAGAGCUCGUCUGAUGGAGACCAGGGACAAGCAAACAGCCACCGGAGGAGACCUAGCACAAGUAGUGUUGCGGGCAACGUUGCCGUGGCCACUCCCAUGAAUGACGCAAACGGAGGGCCAUCACACGUCCCGGAGCUUCAGCCACGACCGAUGUCUCCCUCGAGGAUUGAUCCAGCAUUGCUAGGGCCGGCGGGGGAAUACCACGAACAAGGCACGCCACAUCCGAGUGCAAUGUCGUCGGGGUUAGAUCAUCUGGCCCUACUCGCAUCGCAACAAGCAUGGGGAAAUGGGCAAGUGCAGGUUGAUACGGCAAUGACCGAUGCUGCCAGCACGGUAAUCGCGCCUCCAAAUGAAUCCCAGAAUUGGGGCCAUGAGCCGCCAUCGCACAGCCAGGAGUUUGGCAGCGUCAUUGGCUACCAGCAAGGCCCGACCCCCGCCGAUCCCGACUUUCAAAUGAUGAGUGCAGCUUCACACCCACAUGCUGGCAUAGAUUUUGGGAAUGACCUCUAUUCGGGGCGGCUCAGCGCCUUGCAGGAUCAAAUAUCACCUGGGAUGGGCGGGGUGACCCCGAAUGGCACAAUGAUGCCUCACGACCUGCUGAAUUGGUUUGACCAGUUUGAUAUGGACAACCACCAGACGGGAGAUGGUAUGCCGAGUAUCAGUCCCCCGGACAAUGCGUCUGUGGGCGGUAGACUAGCAGCCGAAGAGUCUCCCCAAGCCGAGAAUUCGAAAAGCCCCGGAUCGGUCAGCACCAUCAUCCCAACUGAACGAUUCCACAAAGUAGAGCGGUGCUGGCCCAGCCGGCCUAACAAUGCCGUUCGUCUGAUGCCAACUUUAUGGCGGGACGCGAUAUCGAAACCGGAGGACAAUUUAUUCUCCAAGGACAACCUCACCCCAGAAGCUAUUGAACAUAAUCGACAGUACGGAUCGCGGUGGGGAUUAGACGAGGACUGUCGAGGCCGACUCCAAAAGAUGUUUGUCGAUCUCAGCCGGCGACAAUCCAGCCACGGCUCCGAAAGCGAUUCGCCAUUUACGCACUCCUCCCCCUCCGAUAAAUCAUCUAUCGCACCAGUUCCCAACCUCAGUGACGAGACGCCUAAUAUACCUAAUUUCCCCCCGGCCGAGAUCUUCGACAUAAGCUUAGAUUUGUUUUUCCGACAAUUUCACCCACUCAUGCCAUUCAUCCACCCGCCCACGUUUUGUCCCCAAACUACCCCUAGCUCUAUGCUUCUCGUCAUGUGCUUAAUUGGACUCACAAUACUUGAGACCAAAGGAGCAACGGCUUUUGUUCGGCAAGCUUUUCCGAGGGCACUUGAAAAGGUGUGCACGGACCUCAUGUCACCCCCUAGAGACUCGAGACGCAUCGAUCAGAUGUCGUCUUUAGCAAGCGCUAUCCUGAUACUUAACUUAUCUGAGAUGACUGGGGAACGAACUCAUCAUGAGCAAUGUCAAAUGCUCUAUACAAAUGUGAUCACGACCGCCCAAAGACACGGCCUCUUUACAACACGAGACUCGCCACCUCUCAACGACGAAUUGUUUAACAAAUUCUCGGACCUUGAUUCCAGAUGGAAGGCAUGGAGCCGAGUUGAAUGUAUUAAAAGAUUAAUCGUGUGCCUCACAAUGGUUGACACUUGGUAUUCUGCAAUGUAUCACAUCAGCCCGAUUACGCGGACCGACGAUAUCCAGCUAGUCUUGCCAUGUGAUACAGCAUUAUUCCAAGCCACUUCAGCGACAAAGUGGGAGCAGUUAAUAUCUCGAGGUAGUCGUAUGUGUAUGCCUAUGAUUACUCUCUCGGCGGACGGCAUCACAUUGCCGGAGCUGCACGGCACAUUGGAUGUUCACGGGAUGGUUGGCAUCUUGGCCAUAAUCCGGCUCCGGAUAUCGGAGAGCUUCCACCGGCUUCUUAGCGGUAGCCAACGACGCGCGGUGGAUCAUUCAUUUGUACCGUGGAAAUCCUACGAAAUGGAUAGCCGUGCCAAAGCAACGCAAUCGCUUGCUGUUCAGGUUAUUCGAUCUUAUGGGCCCAUGCUCGCGACGAUGAACCCUAACUGCAUGAUUCUUUGGCAUAAUAUGUGUAUUAUGCUCACCACAGACCUCCGCCUGUUUGAGCUUGGCGCUGGGUGUGCGGGAGCGGAGGCAGCGCGGGAUGCGCUAGAUGAUAUUGCGAUAUGGACGAAGACGGCGGCGGCUAGGAGGGCAUGUCUUCAUGCUGCACAGACAUUUAAGCUGAUGCAGAAUCGACGAGCCUCGGAUGGAGAUCCAUUCCAUGCCACUACCGGACUUUUCAUCGCAGCACUAGUCCUGGGUCUGUAUGUCUUCAUGGCUGCUCCAAUAGCGGACAACGAUCCCGUUGCAAAUUCCGGAUUCGACCUCAUCGACGACGUCGACUGGAGCAUCGUAGGAAGCGAAGGGCUCACGGACGAGCCUGCAGCGACGGAUUACCCGGCAAAUAAUUUCAUUAAGCAUGGAGGGCGUAUCUGCUUCAAUGAUGUAGUUCAUCCUUCCGGGUACGAAUCGGCACGGCGUAUAUUAUUAGACUAUGCACGUCUACUGGAGGACAUUGGGAAAUGGCGGGUUGGCGUUCAUCAAUUUUCGCGGGUGCUAAGGAUCAUGAGUGAUGCUCUCGUGGAUGUCGAGACCGCGGGCGAGUGA